CAGCAGGGUGGCGGCGGAGGAGGUUAAAAUAGAGGUGUUGCACCUCCCCGAGGUCUGCAGCCCGAAGAGCAAGAAGGGGGAUCUGCUGAACGCGCAUUACGACGGUUUCCUGGCCAGCGAUGGAUCCAAGUUUUACUGCAGUCGGACGCAAAAUGAAGGUCAUCCAAAAUGGUUCGUUCUGGGUGUUGGACAAGUCAUAAAAGGUUUAGAUAUUGCUAUGAUGAGUAUGUGUCCUGGAGAAAAACGGAAAGUGAUCAUUCCUCCAUCAUUAGCAUAUGGACAGCAAGGAUACGCACAGGGCAAGAUUCCACCCAAUGCCACAUUGAUCUUUGAGAUUGAACUUUAUGCAGUAAAUAAGGGACCUCGCAGUGUUGAAGCAUUUAAUCAAAUAGACAAGGACAGUGACAAGAAACUCUCUCAAUUUGAGAUAAGCCAGUAUUUGAAAGAAGAAUUUUCAAGAGAUGGCAAAAAACGUCAUCCUUCAGUCCAUGAUGAAAUCUUAGCUGAUAUAUUUAAGAAGAAUGACCAUGAUGGAGAUGGUUUCAUAUCAGCAAAGGAGUACAAUGUCUACCAGCAUGAUGAACUCUGAGUACUUAAAAAAGUCUUCAGCUGUUUCCUGGACACUGAAUUUUAAAUAAUAAUACUUUGUCACAUAAUUUUUUUCUAUUUUUUUUGAUAGUGGCAUCUUUUUAUAUCUCUUAAGGUGACUGUGAAAGUCUUAUUUUUAACAUUCAACUAAUGAAACGUCUUAGGUCUUUCAAAAGAAGGAAAUAAAAUUGGAAAACCCC